AUGCGAGAAUUGUUUCAAAUCCAUUCGUUGAUUCCAUGCGGCGAUCUGAAAAUUUAUUCGAUGACAUUACUUGCAACGAAAGGCAACGCUCCGAGGAAUUCUGUCUGCAGUCAGCAAUUUAAAUCACUUACAAAUAUGCCAUGCAAAUAUUUUCAAUUUGAAAAUGAAAUACGAAAAGGCUCUUCAAAAUUGCUCGAUCGUCCAGAAGUGUUCGUGCAAGCAUUGAAUGAGAAAUUGAAGGAACCUUGGAUUGAGCAAGUCUUUUCGAAACGAGAAUGUGUGAAAUACAUUCCAACUUUUGGAGUUGAUAGAUGUGGCUGUGGGUUAUCUCCAAGUGGACACAAUGCGGCAGUUAUGGCACAAUUUACAGGUCACAUUUCUGACCCAUGUACCCGAUUAUCUCUAGCGUCAGGUUAUUUAUCUCAGUGGAAUACUGCGGAACAUACCGAAGCAUCUCAUACGGAUGCUUUUGGAACCUUAGAGUUUUCGGGUGGGGCACAUGCUCAUCGGGCACAUUAUGUUAGAUUAGGACAUGAUUCAGAUCCAUCUGAUAUAAUGUAUUUGAUGGAAAAAGUUUGGGGAUUAGAGCCGCCACGUCUUGUCAUCACCGUUCACGGUGGCCUUACUAAUUUUGAAGUUCAAGAAAAAGUUGGACAAGUUUUUCGGGCAAGUUUACUGAAAGCAGCCCAAACAACUGGUGCUUGGAUUAUUACUGGUGGAAUUGAUGCUGGAGUUAAUUUCAAAAUUGACGAUAUUUGUACGUCAAAUUUUAGAAUGCGAUCAAAAGUGAUUACGAUCGGAAUUGCUCCGUGGGGCUUACUUAGAGGUCGUGAAAGGUUAAUUGGAAAAGAUAUUGUUGUCUCAUACGAUCCAUACUCAUUUUCCUCAAAAAGUAAAUACGUAACAUUAAAUGAUAGACAUUCAUAUUUCUUACUAGUCGACAAUGGCACUUAUGGCAGAUAUGGAGCUGAUAUUAUUUUACGCAAACGUUUCGAAGAAUUUAUUGCUCGAAAACAAACAAUUGGCUUAGGAACACGGCAUGUGCCAGUUGUUUGCGCAGUACUAGAAGGAGGCAUAUGUACAAUAAGAGCAAUUCUCCAUUACUUAGCCAACCAACCACCUGUUCCAGUUAUUGUUUGCGAUGGAAGUGGUCGUGCGUCAAAUUUGAUUGCUUUCGCUCAUAAACAUAUUCUAGAAGACGGCACUUUACCAAAAAGCACUCACGCUGAACUUCUCACGCUUAUUGGCUCAACUUUUCAAUACAGCGCAACAUCCGCAGAGCAGAUUCUUGAAGAAAUAUUGUGCUGUGCAAAACAUCGUGAUUUGUUGACAAUAUUUCGUUUGGGUGAAAGCAAUCAGCAAGAUGUUGAUCACGCUAUUCUGAGUGUAAUAUUAAAAGGGCAAAACUUAUCAUCAGCUGAUCAACUUGCUUUGACUCUUAUAUGGAAUCGGGUGGAUAUCGCACGAUCGGAUAUUUUUGUGCCAGGUCAAAACUGGCAUCCACACUUAUUAUACAAUGCAAUGAUGGAAGCUUUGGCGCUCAAUCGUGUUGAUUUUGUAAAACUUUUGCUCGAAAAUGGAGUUUCUAUGAAAAAAUUUCUCACAAUAAAUAGAUUAGAACAACUUUACAAUAUGGAACACGAAUCUAUACUACCUUUAAUCAACAGCGUUACUUCACUCUCUGAUCGUCGAAUUACACUUCCCAAAAUUGGAGUUGCUAUUGAACGAUUAAUGGGAAAUGCUUAUAAAUGCUCUUAUACGACUAGGAGGUUUAAGAACAAAUACGAAAAAUGCAAAAAAAAUGCAUUGUUUUUAAAUAUUUGGAUACAUUUUUGUAGAUUUCUCGAAUAUCAAGUUUUCGCAGUUUUUGCGGAGCGAAUUCGAAAACACGACAAAUUACUGAAGUAUUGCUUUGAUUAUUUUGUUUAUUUUUAUCAAAAAAGAAAUCACUCAAGGAAACAACGAGCUAAUAAAGAACUUAGAGAAGGUGAAGAUUUUCAAUAUCCUUUUAAUGAUUUAAUGCUAUGGGCGAUUCUGUCACGUCGUCAGGAUAUGGCCAGAUGCAUGUGGAUGUACGGUGAAGAACCUAUGGCCAAAGCCUUGGCUGCUAUAAGGCUUUACAAAAGUAUGAGCAAAGAAGCUGCAGAUGAAUACAUUGAAGUUGAAGCAUCUAAUGAACUUCGGGAAUUUGCAGAAGAAUUCAAAAGAGAAAGUUUGAAUUUACUGAAUCACUGCUAUUUACAAGACGACUCACAAACGUUGCGAUUAUUAACUGCUGAAUUACCUAAUUGGAGCCAUUACACGUGUUUAUCGCUAGCUGUUGUAGCACAUCAUCUACGAUUUCUAGCUCAUCCAUGUUGUCAAAUUUUGUUAGCUGACCUAUGGCAUGGUGGUCUUGGCAUUAAAAGGUAUAUUUUGCAAGCUUCAUUAGCUUUUCCACCGAGCAUCUUAUUAUUAGAUGUGAAAGCACGUAUAUCACCCAAUCGUUGCAACAAUACCUUUCCAAGUCAACACUUUGUGAUGAAUGAAAUUGAAUCUGUUGAGAAAGAUGAUGAUCGCAGCCAGAAUAGUGUUUGCUCUUCAUUGCACCUUUCUGGACAUCUAAAAUUGCGAAGAAAAAAUAGACGCAGUACAGCGGCAUUUCCUCAACGCUUGACAAAUCUUUUGGAGACAUCGAAUCUAAUUGAGGAAGCUUACAGAACUAAAUUUGGAUCCAAAACACAACGAAAAUCCAUUGCUGCAAGUUUGCAAGGCAUCGGAGAAUUAGCACGUAAGACAUCCUGGGCUACAAAAUUUAACAUUUUCUAUUCUGCACCUAUUACUACUUUUUGGAUUUGGCUUGUGAGCUAUUCUAUAUUUCUUGCGAUUUACACUUACGUGAUAUUGAUUGAAUUUCCUGCUGAACCAACUAAGGUGGAAUGGUUUCUUCUGGCGUAUGUCGUUGCUUUCGUUAUGGAGCACAUUCGCAAGUUGCUAGUGCAAAAAGCGAGUUCGAUUGUCGAGAAAAUACAAGUUUACUUCAAUCGUUGUUGGAAUUACUUAACAUUCCUAGCAACAGUAACCUUUUUCAUCGGUUUUGCUUUUCGAUGUAAUUCCUCAACACGUCACUCCUAUGGAAGAGUUAUUUUAUCUUGUAAUAUUGUAUUUUGGUAUAUUAAACUUUUAGACUUUAUGGGUGUUCAUCCUAGACUUGGACCGUAUAUACAAAUGACUUGUAAAAUGAUAGUGAACAUGAUGUACAUUUUGGCAUUACUGUUGGUAACUCUCAUGCCUUUUGGUAUUUCACGUCAAGCAAUUACUUAUCCCCACGAAAAGUGGCAGUGGAUUUUGAUUAGAAAUAUUUUUUAUAAGCCUUAUUUUAUGCUUUAUGGUGAAGUUUAUGCUGGGGAAAUUGAUACUUGUGGUGAUGAAGGUAUUAACUGUGUUCCGGGUAGCUGGAUACCACCAAUUUUGAUGACGAUUUUUCUUUUGGUUGCGAAUAUCCUUCUCAUCAAUAUGCUAAUUGCGAUUUUCAACAAUAUUUUCAAUGAAACGAAUGCCAUUGCACAACACGUAUGGCUAUUUCAACGAUACGAACAGGUAAUGGAAUAUGGAAAUACACCGUUUUUCCCACCACCUUUGACCCCUAUUUCACACUUAUUUAUUGUGAUCAAAUACUUGUGGAAGCUCAGUGGUAAAUGUAAUAAAAAAAGACAAGGAGCUAGCAAACGUGGAGGAUUUUUUGAUUUCUCCAUGAAGCUUAGAUUAAAUGAUGAUGAGUUACGUGCAUUACACGAUUUCGAGGAAGACUGUAUGGAUGAUUUGUCAAGAAAACAAAAUCUGUCUCAACAGUUUCAAGAUGGCUCACAUUUAAAUAUCACUGCCACAAAAACAGAUAAUUUGCAAGUUCGAUUGAAUAAUAUGGCAAUUGAAAAUGACAGUGUUAAAUGGUUUCUACGAGAAAUACAUUCACGACUUGAUGCAAUCGAAAAGAAUCAGAAGACUAUGAUGCUUCAUUUAACGCGAAACACAGCAAGCAAUAACAAUCAACGAGAUGUAACAAAAAUGCAGCAUUAUCGAAACGACGAAUGCAAAUUUUUGAAUAAAGCAUAUUGCGUAGGAGACGCAAAAUUAACACGGGCUCACGUAAAUUUUAGCAACAGUGAAGAAGAAAUGCGCAAAUAUUAUGAUUUACAAGAAAUUUCAGAAAAGUGUGAUAACUGUGAUAAAAGGUCACAAGCAAGUGGAGAAAAAGUUUGUACAUUAGCAAUGAAUACGCCUGGGAUGAAUAAUACAGAUGAUGUGAUUCCAUCUUUUGACAUAUUAAAUUUAACUGAGUUUUCAACCAAUAACAAUGAUGAUGAUGACGAUACUGAUGAUAAGGAUGAUAGUGAUGAUGGUGAUGAUGGUAAUGAUAAUAAUGAUGAAGAUGACAGCGAUGGUCAUGAAAUGGAUGAUAGUUUGCAGAUUCUGAAAAAUCUAGACGAGGUCAGUAGUCACAUAUUGGCAGAAGAAAGUGACGCAGAUAGAUUCAAAUGGUGCAGUUUGCAGUAUCAUGCAGAUACCUACGCAGCGUCACGUGGAAUAUCUUUGACUCAAGCAAGCAGUAGCAAUUUGAAGAAAAAUUAUACAUCUUUGCAUAUGCAACAAUGA